CCAGACCCCUCAUGUCUAUCCUGCUGACGCUGUGUGUCGUGCUCCUGCCCUUGGUGACUCCAGGCCGAGGUGGCCGGCGAUGGGAGCCCUGCACAGAUCUGCGCCCCCUGGACAUCCUGGCGGAGGCGGUCCCUCCGAAUGGCGCUGAGAGCGGAAUCAGCGUGACGCGGGUUCAAGGCGCGCUGGGACUCCAGCUCUCAGCUGCUGCCCCCGGCGCCAUGAGCUUCCCUGCGUCGAGGAUUUUCGUCAGAUGCGACCUCUUCCCUGAAGAAUUUUCCAUCGUUGUAACCUUGAAAGCUCCCGAUCUGCCCCCCAAGAGCAAUGAGUACCUGUUCACGGUGGUGGCCGAGGGGCCCGACGCGCUGCUGCUGGGCCUGCGGUACUCGCCCACGCGGGUGCACUUCCUGUUCCUCAGCGAGGACUCGGCAGGCGCCUGGCAGACCCGCGUGUCCUUCCGCAGCCCAGCCCUGACGGACAGCCAGUGGCACACGCUGGUCUUGGCUGUGUCUGAAGACUCCUUCUCCCUCACCACGGACUGCGGCGCCCCCGUGGACAUAACGGCGGACGUGCCCUUCCCAGCCACCCUGUCCGUGCAAGGAGCCCGCUUCUUCAUCGGCAGCCGGAGGAGAGCCAAAGGCCUGUUCACAGGCCUGGUGAGGCAGCUGGUCCUGCUGCCCGGCUCAGACGCCACUCCAAGGCUGUGUCCCUGCAGGAAUGCUGAGCUGGUGCUGUCCGUCCCCCCCAUCCUGCAGGGGCUCACGGGGAAGCCCGAAGAUAACGAGCUGCUGAAAUACCCCUUUGAAACCGACAUGAAGGUGACCCUGGGAUCUCGGCCUCCGUGCACCAAGGUGGAGGAUGCCCAGUUCUGGUUUGACGCCGGGCGGAAAGGGCUGUACCUGUGCGUCGGCAGCGAGUGGGUCUCCGUGUUGGCAGCCAAGGAGAAGCUGGACUACGUGGAGGAGCACCAGCGCCUGUUCACGAACUCGGAGACGCUGGGCAUCGAGGUCUUUGUCAUCCCCGAGGCCGGGCUCUUCAUAGCCACCGCCAAUCGCAAGGCCACAUCCGCCAUCUACAAGUGGACCGAUGGGGCGUUCGCCUCGUACCAGGACAUCCGCACACACCAAGCACAGUCCUGGAGGCACUUCACCAUCGGGAAGAAGAUCUUCUUGGCUGUGGCCAACUUUGACCCCAACGAAAAGGGUCAGGAGUUCUCCGUCAUUUACAAAUGGAGCCCGAGAAAGCUGCAGUUCAGGCCCUACCAGAGGGUGGCCACCCACAGCGCCCGGGACUGGGAGGCCUUCGAGGUGGCCGGGGAGCACUUCCUGGCCGUGGCCAACCACAGGGAAGGAGACAACCACAACAUCGACAGCGUCAUCUACAAGUGGAACCCGAGGACGCGCCUGUUCGAGGCCAACCAGACCAUCGCCACCUCGGGCGCCUACGACUGGGAGUUCUUCACCGUGGGGCACUACUCCUUCCUGGCGGUGGCCAACGCCUUCAACGGCACGUCCACGAAGGUGCACUCCCACCUGUACAUCUGGCUGGUCGGCUCCUUCCGGCUCUUCCAGUCUUUCCUGACGUUUGGCGCCGCGGACUGGGAAGUUUUCCACAUUGGAGACAGGAUCUUUCUCGCUGUCGCCAACAGUCACAGCUACGAUGUGGAAAUGCAAGUGCAAAACGACUCCUACGUCAUCAACUCCGUCAUCUACGAGCUGAAUGUCACAGCGCAGACAUUCGUCAAGUUCCAGGAGAUCCCCACCUGCAGUGCUCUGGACUGGGAGUUCUUUUCAGUGGGAGAAGAUUACUUCUUGGUGGUUGCCAACUCCUUUGACGGAAACACCUUCUUGGUAAACAGUAUUAUUUACAGGUGGCAGGGCUACGAGGGCUUCGUGGCUGUGCACAGCCUCCCGACCUUCGGCUGCAGGGACUGGGAGACCUUCCGCACCACGGCUGGCUCCUACCUCGUCUACUCCAGCGCCAAGGAGCCCCUCUCCCGAGUGCUGAAGCUCAGGACGGGAUGAAGGGCCUGGGCCCCCGGAACAGGACUCGCCUCACUGCACCCCGGAGUCCCGCCCGAGAAGCCCUGGCA